AGGGCAUGGGGUGCUGCUGAUGCCCCCGAGGGUGGUGAUGGCCAGGUGCUCCAAGGCCCCGGUGAUGGGUGGCUGUCCACAGUGGCCGGGGGUGAAGACUGCCUGUGGUACGUGGACAGAAACGGGUCAUGGCACCCCGGCUUCGACUGCGAGUUCUUCACCUUCUGCUGCGGCACGUGCCACCAGCGGUACUGCUGCCGAGACCCUCUGCGCCUGCUCACCGAGCGCCAGCAGCGCCACUGUCUUGCCUUCAGCCCCAAGACCAUCGCGGGCAUCGCCUCAGCCGUGGUGCUCUUCAUCGCCAUCGUCACCACCAUCGUCUGCUGCUUCAUGUGCUCCUGCUGCUACUUGUACCAGCGCCGGCAGCACUCCCGCACCCCCCUACAAGGUGUGGGGCUGGGGGGGCAGGGAUGAGGGUGCAGGAGGAGGAGGGGGG